UGUGUGCGAGGCGGUGUGGUGUGUGGCGCCUGUGGUCAGUGGCACAUGAGUGCAGCGUGUUGAUGGCAUGUGCAGUGUGUUGUGGCAGCUCGCGAGCCUCCUAGUGAAGCGUUAAGCCCGCGUGUUGAGGUGUGUGUCCACCUGUGUGUUGGGUGUGGCCACGUGAGGCCCAGUGUCGGGUAUAGUGUGGCCAGUGUGGCAGCGGCCAGACCCUCGGCAGUGCCACCUAGUGCCGCGGCGCUGCCCAGUGACCCCCGGGGGGACCAGGAUGCUUCGUCGUUCAGUAUGCUGAGCCAACAAAAUACACCCACCUCCAACAUGAACGCCCUGGGAACCGUCUAUGCCACCAAGAGGCGGCGUCGCAACGGAAAAAGCAUAAAGCCACAACCUAAGGAGGGGCAAACGAAGAGUAACCCGUCCAAACGUCACCGAGAGCGUCUUAAUGCGGAGCUGGACAAUCUAGCUGGUCUCCUUCCCUUCGAGCAAAAUAUCCUCUCCAAACUCGACAGACUAUCCAUUCUCAGGCUGGCUGUCUCUUACCUGCGCACCAAGAGCUAUUUUCAAGUGAUGAUGCACGGUGGAGCCGGCGAGAAGACUGAGGGGGAAGUCAUCCAUCCUACACGACACAGGGACCUCAUCACCUACGAUCACCAGGUCCUUGACGGCGAGAUGUUCCUUCAGGCUCUCAACGGGUUCCUGGUUAUCCUGGCGUGUGAGGGUGAGGUGUUUUUCGCCACACACAACAUCGAGUCCUACUUGGGCUUUCACCAGGUGAGUACAAGUGACAUCGUUCAUCAGAGUGUAUACGAGUUGGUCCACUCAGAGCAGAGGAAGGAGCUACAGAGAACCCAACUUAUGUGGAACUCGCACCUCCAUCGGACCAGUCACAGCUUACCCCUGCAAGGGAGGCCUUCAUGGGGACCAGACUGCAUUGGAAGGAAUUUCACCGUCGAUUUGGAGUGUUUACUGGAUAACACCUCUGGCUUCCUGCGGCUGGAUGUACGGGGUAAGAUCAAGGUGCUCCACGGGCAGAACAGGAAGACUGAGGAGGCGCCCCUGGCUCUAUUUGCUGUGUGCACCCCCUUCGGUCCUCCCUCCCUGCUGGAACUCCCUCAGAAGGAAGUCAUGUACAAGUCGAAACACAAGCUGGAUCUCUCUCUCGUAUCCAUGGAUCAGAAAGGGAGGAUGCUGCUGGGCUACAGUGACCUGGAGUUAGCCAAUAAGGGAGGUUAUGACCUUGUCCACUACGAUGACCUCGCCUACGUCGCCUCCGCCCACCAGGAACUGCUGAAGACAGGGGCGUCAGGGAUGAUCGCCUACCGUCUACAAACUCGAGACGGGACCUGGCAGUGGCUACAGACCUCCUCCCGCCUCGUCUACAAAAACUCCAAGCCUGACUUUAUCAUCUGCACUCACCGACCGCUCAUGGAGGAGGAGGGCCGCGACCUACUGGGGAAGCGAACUAUGGACUUCAAGGUGUCUUACCUGGAUCCCGGACUCACCCAGUCCUACCUCUGUGACUCCGAGUUGCCGCAGCUUUACGCCUCCCGCAUGAGCCGAAAGUACAAGACGCAGCUGCGGGACUUCCUCACCACGUGCCGCACCAAGAGAAGCUACACUAACCUCUCCGACACUGCCUACAACAACUACAAUAACGUGUACGGUGCCUCCGCCUACGCUACCGACAACGGCCUCUACAUGCAACAGAACCUGGGCAACCUUCAGUCUCUCUACCCCGCCAGUUACAUCCCGGCUGACAACUUGUUUCACUACCGCCAGUUAGGCUCCUACUACCCAGACUACAUGACGCACGGCUACGUUAGUAACGGAUACGUCGACCCCGCACGUCCCUGCCUCGGCUACGACUCCACCGGACUUACGAAAACCGCAGCGGAUCAGAAGCUCUACUGCACGACACAAAUCGACGCGUCAAAGUACCAGUACAAGCCGGCGGACGCCUACUCGGCCGUGUACGGCACCAACACCGUGUUACCCGCUUUAGAACACAAGUACAGCGACCUGAGGACAGUAGAUGUAAGGCGGGACGACCCCUCGGCCUUAGCGUCCCUAGGAGCUCUGGCGGCCACUCCAGGCAUCGCCACCAGUGUGGCCGUGAGCUCCGCCGCCCCCACCGCCGCCUCCGCCACCCACAAGGAGGAGAGCAAAGAAACCAACGAGACUUACGCCAACAACACCCGCCAGACGGUGCUCAUGUGGGGCUCCGCCUCCCACGAGUACGACCCCAACAAGAAGUACGUCGAGGUUCCCGUGUCGUCCGCCCCCACGCCGCUGGAUCCCAGCCUGAGCGGCGUCGCCUGUAAGUGGGGUACCGCCACGCCGGCGUCGACGCCCGGUGCCCGUAGCAGCGCAGGAGGCUCCCCGCAUGGUGGUGAGGGCACCUCGCCCCACGCAGUGGGACCUCCCACCGCCCACUCCGCAGCUGUUGCUGCCGCCGCCGCCUCCGCCGCCCAUGUCGGCGCCGGAGCCGUGGCGCCAGCGGGUAAGGCUGCGUACGGCUACAGUGAGGGCGGCGAGGUAUGGCACCACCAGUACUAUCCUUACCACCCGUAUCACACCCCGCAGGGGAAAGAGGAGGGAGCUCUAUGUGGGAGCCCAGAAGUGACCUCUGACCCGCCACUCCUUGCCCAAUCCUGAGAUCAGCUCAUGACCCAAGGCCACCAGAGCCCGGCCUUGGGUUCACCCUUAACCUCCCAUCUUCAAGGGUCACCCCAACCAGUGACUCAGUACCAGCAGAGUCCAGACGUAGGGUCACCACUUCCUGUACCCUCGCACCUCCAGGGGUCACCACAAACUGUGACUCAAUAUACUCAAACUCAGGUCACGGGGUCACCAAUUCCAGUAACCCAAUACCAGCAGAUCCAAGUCAUUGGGUCACCCCUACCUGUAACCCACUACCAGCAGAGUCCGGCCACAGAGUCACCCCUAUCUGUGACCCACUACCAGCAGAGUCCGGCCACAGGGUCACCAUUUUCUGUGACCCAGUACCAGCAGAGUCCAGCCAUGGGUUCACCCCUACCUGUGACCCAGUACCAGCAGAGUCCAGCCACAGAGUCACCCGUACCUGUGACCCAGUACCAGCAGAGUCCAGCCACAGAGUCACCCCUAUCUGUGACCCACUACCAGCAGAGUCCAGUCACAGAGUCACCCGUACCUGUGACCCAGUACCAG